AUGUCUUCUCAGGAUCAGGAAUUGCAUCGCGAUGCGGUCAACAAUGACCCCAAGGCCACGACAGGUGGACCUAAUCCUACCUCGGAAUCUUCCCAACGAGCUCGCUCUCAACGAGAGGCGCUAGUAGCGCUCAACGACGUGAUCAAAAAUCUGAUUCUGGAGCGAAACAAAAUCGAAAACGAGAUAAUGCGCCAGCGUGCGAUGCUCGCCGAUCAGAUGGCACGCCUCUCUACUAAUGAAGAAAAUAUCCAAAGCCUUCAGGAGGCGUGGGAAAACAUGGCAACUGGUUUCGGACUCCCGUCUAAGAAAUAG